UUUGGAAGUACUCUUUCAUUUAGGUGCAAAUCCAGGUCCAAAGCCUCGCGCGUUAUACAUCAGCUGCACUUGUCUAUUGCUUGUACCACUAGAGAAUCUCAUCUGGCAAAGGUCAGUAAAGGUAAAUCAGGCUCUAGCCUCCUGCAAACCACAAGUUUACCAAGUCCCCAGUCAAAACAGCAAGGCAUAAACUUUCAGUGCUUAAUCCAAUCAGAUAAUCUCUAAAUGCAUAACCAAGCAACCCAUUUUCCUCCUGAUGGAGCGGGAGGUGAGGAACAGACUUGUCAGAAAUGCUGCAGAGGGGAUUUUCCCUUCCCCAUGUGUUGCAAACCUUUCUAUGCUCCAUCCUCCCCACGCUGAAGUGGGGAAAACACACAGAGAAGUUACAAAUACCUGCAUGGCAGCAAGUGAGGCUGUUUGCUGGGCAGUGGGGAAAGAUCUCGGGGGAAUUAACCAAGUAUUCAGGUGCUACUUUGGUAAGUAGGGAGCAGAAUAUUAAUGACUUUUUUUCUUGCUCCCACCUGUGCAGCAGCACCCGGAGCAGAGCCCGCUCAUGGAGCACUGUCCUACCCUGUGCCCUUCUCUGCCUGGUACAGAGCAGGGAUGAAGCUGAGCCCAAACCCACAUAUGGAGAUCCAGCUUUUGCAGGUUGUUUGGGCAUCAUGGGACACCCAGGACACAGCAAGGCUAGAGCUGUUGACCCAGGAAUGGGUCCAGUUUGCUCCUCAUACACCACAGGCUUGCAGUCUGCAUGUCAGACCCCUACAACAAACUUUCCUUUUACUUUUUUUAAGCAACCUCUUACAAAACGCAACUGCACAUCCAGAAAUGAGGUACCCAGACCAAGUAUAAGCAAAGGAGGAUCAAAAUAAUGGGCUUGAGGCCAGGAGCAGAACUGCCAGGGCCAAAACUCUUGGUAAUUAGAUGGAACAGUUAAGUGACAAAACCCAGGCUGGGGCUGGGGGGCUGGCAUUGGGCUUUCUCACCAGAGCAGCAAUCUGAAAAUGCACGUGCAAGAUGUGGGAUGGAAAUCUCCGUUCCUUUGGCCAUCUUUGCUGGAGGUUGAGCAAGCACUGGAUCCCAGUCGAUCUGGGAAGUGGAUUCCCUGGAGAUGCUCUGCAAUUGGGAAUUACCGGGAAGAGGGAAAUGCUUUGGCAGGGUGAGCCUGGGAGGCCACUGCAGACAGAAAGGAAGAAGGAUCUUGUGUUAUAAACUCCACAAUAUCCACCUGGCAAAUAUCCAAACCACUUCAGAUCUCCUCUAAGGUUAUUUCCUUAAAUCUGUUUUAACUCUCACACAUUUGUGGAUGAAAUUAUUUUCUUAUGAAUCAAAAAAAUAUCCUCCCACACAAGUGAGAUCAAGACUAUUAACUGGAGUCAGCCACUUAUCACAAGAGCUGCUUGAAGAACAGAGACCUGUGUUUACCGGGGCUCUGGCAACAAGCAGGAGAGCACGCUUUAAAAUAAUAAUUUAAAAGAAAAAAAGAAGAAAAGUCAUUCUCCUUUCUCGAGAGCGUCGAGCCCAGCUCCAGCUGUGCCCGGCUCCCAGAUGUGCCCGCGGGUCUGAGCGUGGGACUCCCUCCUGCAGACUCAUCCCACCUGCAGACUCGUCCCACCAGAUCAACCAGUUUCACUUUCAGAAAUAGGAAGUUGGUCGGGAAGGGCCCAGACGCGCGCGAGGGACGCGGGACGGCAGCAUGAGCCGCCCGGCCGGUGCCGUGAGCCCGGGAUCGCCCCCUCCUCCGGCCUCCAGCAACGUGGUGGCUUAGACCACCCCACCCACCGCAUCCACCGGCAAUGGAGCAGUUUGUCCGCAAGCGUUUGACUUUCUUGACAUCCUUCUGGAACAAGCUCCGUCCCCGCUCUGUGCCAGAGAGCUGCUCGCUGGGGUAUCUCGGUUCCGAUUCCAUUUCGCUGCACUCGGAGCCAAACUCCGUUUCCUUCAUCCCCAAGUCCUCUCUCUGUAUCGCUUUAUACGCUUUCACAGCCCGGAGUGCAGACGAGCUGAGCGUAAGCGCAGGGGACAAACUGCGUGUCCUCCGAGAAGAAGGAGAGUAUGUCUUGGCCCGACGGCUGCUGGGGGAGCCGGCUGUGGGCUACGUCCCUGCUGCCUACGUGGUCAACCUCAGCCAGGGCACCUCAGCUCAUCGCCCCUGGUACUUCAGCAAGAUCAGCCGAAAUGAAGCUGAACAGCUUCUCCUCUCGCCUCCUAACCAACACGGCUCCUUCCUCGUCCGGGACAGCGAGAGCAGCAAGGGCGAGUACUCUCUCUCAGUUCGCAACCAUGGGAAGGUCAGUCACUUCCGAAUCUGCAAGAGCCCCAGGGGCAGCCUCUACAUCCAGAAGGGACGUCCCUUCCCCAACAUGGAGGAGCUCCUGGCCUUCUACACUGAGAACUGGAAGGUCAUCCAGAGCCCCUUGCUGCAGCCCUGCAGCCCUGCGACUCCUCCCGAGAGGGACGGCUGGGAGCGCCCGCGCUGGGAGUUCACCCUACGGAGGAAACUGGGCGAGGGCUACUUUGGUGAGGUGUGGGAAGGGCUGUGGAGGAACACGGUGCCGGUGGCCAUCAAGAUCAUAAAAGCUGACAUGAAGGCAGAAGACUUCACCAAGGAGAUUCAGAACCUGAAGCGCCUGAGGCAUGAGAAGCUGAUCCAGCUACAUGCCGUCUGCUCACUGGAUGAGCCUGUGUACAUCAUCACUGAGCUCAUGCGGAAAGGCAACCUCCACAGCUACCUCAACAUCUUGAAGGGAAACAAGACAAACAACUCCCACCUUGCUAGAUUGCCAUCAACGCUUGGAUUAUCUGGGCUAACAGGUCCUGAAGGGAAGUCCCUGAGCACCUCCCACCUGCUCAACAUCGCCUGCCAAGUGGCGGAUGGGAUGAGGUACCUGGAGGAGAAGCACAUUGUCCACCGGGACCUGGCAGCCAGAAAUAUCCUGGUGGGAGAGGAACUCACCUGCAAAAUUGCUGAUUUUGGACUUGCCCGUCUCCUCAAGGAUGACAUUUAUUCCACCAGCAGCAGCACCAAAAUCCCGGUGAAGUGGACGGCCCCGGAAGCUGCCAACUACCGCACCUACUCCCUCAAGUCCGAUGUCUGGUCCUAUGGGAUUCUGCUCUACGAAGUCUUCACGUAUGGACAGAUCCCAUAUGAAGGAAUGACAAACCAAGAAACUGUACGGCAAAUCACCAGGGGCUACCGCCUUCCCCGGCCCAGCUCCUGCCCUCCUGAGAUCUACAGCAUCAUGCUGGAGUGCUGGAACGGCAACACGGAGGAGCGGCCCACCUUCCUGGCCCUGCGUGAGAAGCUGGGCUUCAUCUAUAGACGGCUGCUCAGCUCCUUCUCCUGAGGGACCCCUUCCCACCACCCUUCCUGCACAAGCCCCUCCAGGCCAGCUCUUGCCAAGCGGUUCCUUCCUUCUGGUUUUGCCCUCUGACAGGGCUCCAGGGAAAGCACAUCUACCCCCAAAAAACAGCCCGUGGUCCCUGUUGGUCAGGAUGCAGGGAGGUGGCCAAGGGAGAAGGUGAUGAGUUGUGGAGAACCCGUGGCCGGCGCUUCACUGUGUAGCAGCCUGGAGAAGCCACAUGGCAGUGAAGGCAUCACCCAGAGUUUACAUCUUCAGCCAGCCGGUGGGGUGGGAGGUCCCUGCCGCUCCCCGCGCCAACGUGAAGGUUUGCAGUUUGUGGUCAGUUGUGGCUCUGCUUGUUUUUUCUCGUAGUGUGUGUUCAGUGUAUUUAUCAAUAAACGUGUGUGCAUCCA